AUGCGCUUCUUCGAGACUGUCAUCUCCGGCGCGGCCCUCAUCGCUGCCGUCCUUGCUCUUGAGAUCAACGACUUUCCCAAGGACGGUGUCGUUGCCGGCCAGACCUACACCAUCACCUACUCCCCCAAGGACAACACCCCGACUACUUUCAUCCUCCGCAAGGGAGCUGAGACCAACCUGAACACUGUUGAUACCCUUACCACCACUGCCACUGGAGGUUCUUUCAGCUGGACCGCCCCCAAGACCCUCCCAGCUGGUUCCGACUACGCUCUCCAGGUCAAGCAGGGAGAUGUAGUCAACUACUCCGCCCAGUUCCCCAUCUCUGGAGGAUCCGGCACCGUCUCCUCUGCCGUCUCAUCCGCCCGAGCCUCUGCUUCGUCCGCAGCUUCAUCUGUCGCUUCAUCUGCAUCUGCUGCGAUCAGCAGCGCCGCCUCAAGCGCUCAGUCCGCCGCCGCCAGUCUCUCAUCUGCGGGCUCCAACACCACCGUUGCUUCAGCCACUCUCUCCCACAGCGGCUCUUCUCAUGCUUCGGAGUCGUCCAAGCCCACUGGCUCCAAGGCUUCCAGCUCCCCCAGCUCCUCCCGUACAAGUGGCGCACCUCAGAGCACUGGCGCAGCUUCAUCGCUCGCCACUAGCCCUCUGGCCUCCAUCUUCGGUGCUAUUGCCGCCUUUGUCUACCUUGCUUAA